GUGCGUUUUUCCUGCAGCGUUUGGUGCAGCAAGAAGGGAACAACAGGAAGGCGAGGAGAGAUGAUAAUCCGCCCUCUCUUCUCCCCUCCUACCCCUUCCUCAAGCAGUCGGAGCCUGACGGAGUGUUUACCAUGAACCGAGCUUCCACUCAGUUGUAGUUUAUAGAUGAAAGAUUCAUGUUUUCCUCCCAUUGGAUCGCAGUGGCUGCGGGAGCCGCACGUGCCGUGACGGGGACAGACAGUGAGGACAUUAGAGAGAGAGAGAGAGGAGGGACUCGGGAGUGAGGAGGGUUUCAGUCCACUUUCCACUUCCUAAACAGACCGAGACCACCUCUAACGGAGAAAUGGGGUGUAGGCUCCCGAAGCUGAGGAAGGCUGAGGAAAGGCGUAGCCCUGGCAACAUCUACUCCACCCUAAGACGGCCUCAAGUGGAGACUAAAGUUGGAGUGGCCUACACCUACCACUUUCUGGAUUUCCUGUUGGGGAAAGAAGAGGUGUCAGUGUCGUCUGUGCUCUGCCUGUCGUCGGUCAGAGAGCUGCCGGUUCAGGUCAGGGAACUGUACGCUCAGGGCUUUGUCCUGGUGGCGGUCCACCCCUUCGUCCAUCCCUGCGGCCCUCGCCACGCUCACAUUCAGCGCCAGCUCCACCGGGCCGUGUUGGUCCGCGAGACACAAAGUCCAGAGAAAAGCCAGCUGAGGUGGGCGAGAAACCGUCUGGAGACGGAGGUCUGCGUGGCCAGUCAACAGGCUGCUGACCUGGAAGCCAUCCAGAACUAUGUUAAGAAGAUCCAGGAUGUGGCGGAGCAAGGGGUGAUGUUCGUGGGUUUUCUCCAACAGCCAGGCGGAGGGCCGUAUUUUUUGGGACACUGGGACCCAGAGGAGCUGUCGUCCUUGCAUUCGAGCCCGUCGCCAAUACACCAGCAGCCUUUCAGCACCGAUACGAGCCCAACGGAGCCAAACCCGAAUGGUGAAGAUGCUGAUCUCUGCUGCUGCGAAUCGCAAGAGUCGGAUUAUGGGGCUAUGGAGAGCGUCAAACAGGAUCAAAACUCCUCAGCGUCCAGAAAACCAAACUUCAGCCUCCUGAAGCACCCGGUAAACUCUCUUCAUAACCCAGAGGAGCUUUGUGAUCAAAUAAUAACCUCACAGAUUGGUGCCAAGGACUUCAAUAAGCCUCAUAAUCACAUCAAACCCGAAGCUCACAAUGUGGCAGAAGUCCAGGGCAAACGGUCCGGUCUGAGCCUACCAGAAACAGCAGUCACAACGAGGCUGCCAGAGUGUAGAUCACAAGAGACUAAACAGCACUUCACUGCAUCCACAGAGAAACAUCUUAAUGUCUCCAAACAGAGAGAAAGGAGAGUUUCCAGCCCAGACAGCUGGCUCAGCUCUCCAGAGCUGGAUCGUGACCAUGACAGAAGAAGAUCUGACUCAACGCAGACAGAUGGGCAAAGACGCGUGACAACACAGAACAACAACCACAUCAGGCUGAAGAAUUCGGAGAAUGACACAGGUUCAGGCUCACCGCCGGCACAGGCUAGGAUGCAGCUGUUUGCACUGUACAACCACACAGAAGAGCCCGACACGUCCCUGAGGUUCUACUCUCUCCGGGUGCCUCUUCAUGUUCAAAAGGAGGCGGAGGCGAUCACAGAUGUUGAUGCAAACUGGCUCGACCACAUGACUCAGCACUUUAGCAGUGGGGCGCAGCUCAUCGAUGGGUUUUUCCACCUCACAGACGACCAUGACAGUGGCGUUUCAUCUGUGGAUAGCGUUUUCAUCUUCCAGAGCUCUGCGGAGGAGACCACAGACACCUCCUAUGACGCCAUCGUGGUUGAGCAGUGGACUGUUAUAGACGGUGUUGUGGUGAAGACUGAUUACAUCCCGCUGCUCCAGUCCUUGGCUCCAUAUGGAUGGAGACUGAUGUGUGUGCUGCCAACACCCAUUGUCAGAACAAACAGUGAUGGAAGUUUGUCGACUAAGCAAAUCCUUUUCCUUCAGAGACCCAUUUUGCAACGCAGGAGAAAAGACUUCAAGAUGCUGAACCUCAGAGGUCGCAGCAAGGCAAAGAAACACUCAGCCGGGGAAGCGCUAGACGAGCAAGAGAACAAGUCCCUGGUGAUAGAGACUGAGAUGGACAGGCUGAGGAUCAACGAAGAGGAGGAGGAGGAGGCAGAGGCGGAGGGGAGGAAGAGAGGGGACAGCGGAAGGAGCCAAAGAGCGGGCCUUCAGAAGAGCGGAGACGAGGCGCAGCAUCAAAAGGCCGUCUCCCUGCUGCUGGAGCGCAGGGCUUCUGUCGAAUAUCAAGAGGAGGAAACUGACGUCGACGCCGUCCCGCUGUCCAGGCAGGAGAAGGCGGUGAGGUGGACGGAUUUCGGUCCGGGCGACGAGAGGGGGAUGAAGGAAAAGGUCAGGGUGGAGGAGCGCAUCAAACAGCAGCUGUUCUCCGGAGUUUGUUGACUGGAAGGGAAAGCUUUUUUAACAUUCAGCUUGAAUUCCUGUGGAAGAACUAAUCUGGAGCAAAGCAUAUACAGUGCUGCGAAAAAGUAUUUGUCCACUUGGAAGUUCUCCAAGAAAGUGAAACCAUAAGAAAUCUGUCAUUUCUUAUGGUUUCAGGACUUUGGUGCAUUCACUUUAGUGUUCAUUUGGUAAAGUUGCGCUGUAGGGUUCCCUGCUUUGUUUUGUUGACUGUUUUUGUAAUGUACAGUGCUGCACAGCUUCUCCUGCCAAUGCCUUAAGUAGGACGUAUGUUUGGAGAUUUUUAUUUUUAUUUUUUUACGUUUGCUAUCUAUUUCAGGCUAAUGUGACAUCAAUUUGCCCUAUUGCCGACCAUUUCACACCUGUAAACCAACCAGCUAGUAUCUGUGUCCUCAGUCAAAUCCAUAGCAGUUUCUUCUUCUGGUAUUUAAAUAUUUUGAUGAAUUAUGGAGACAAAUAAUCAAAUCACAAAACCCUUAAAUUUCUCAUAGAAACUAGUUUAUUUAUAAAUUAUUUUCUAUAGAAAUAUAUUAUUUAUUAGCUUGACUUGUGGUUGAUAAUAAAAAAAUAAAUAAAUAAAAAAAAAUAAUAAAAAUCAACCAGCAGCAACACAGUUAGGGACAAAAAGAUCCAAACCACAAAAUGGCAAUGGGCCGAAAUGACCCCCAUGAGUAACUCCUGAAGGUGACCUUUGCCCCCGUUUCACUAACUGUUUCUAAAGCUGCUAUGAGGACAUAUUGUUUUGUACAUAAAGAGUGAGUUUCUUAGUUGUAGUCCAGGUUGUAAACGUCUUACGCGGUGAAAGGUUAAGGUUUUUUUGGACUAGGAGUUUGAAGUUUACUCACAGUAUAAAUAAAUGUAAAAUACACAAAGUGUCUUGCAAACGUAUCGUCGCUCUUUGAGCGUUUGUCAUGUUUUUUUUUUUACAACCUUAAACUUGGAUUUAUUAUAUUUUCAUCAGUAACAGUCACAAAGCUGCGUGCCACUGUUAAGUGGAAAGAAAAUGUGACUUGGUUUCCAAAACUGUUAAACACUAAAAAAAAAAAAGUGCACCGUGCAUUUGUUUUCAGCUUUUCUGCUUAAUACUAUGUAGAAUGACCUUUCACUGCACAUAAAGUGGGAGGACUGAUGGGGGCAUAUAGCUACCAACUUUACACAUCUAAAGACUGAAAUGCUGUCUUUACUAUGUUUUGCCACGGUGUGUGUCCAGUGCAUUAUGAAGGGUUAGUUUGCAUUUUGAAUGCAAGUCCAAAAAUGUUUAUUUUGGCGCUCCAAACAUCUUCCACAGUUUUACACAAGCCAAACUUCUUAUGAGUUUGUUUUAACAAUGGCUUUAUUUUUGCUCCACUUCCCCUACAGUCUUCACAACAGGUGAAUUUAUUCUGACAUUAAGUUACACACAAGUGGAAGCUGUUUACCAAUAUGAAAUAACUUGGUUACACUGGAUUUUAAUUGAAGUGCAAAAGAGUAAAGAAAUCCAAAAUUCCCACCACACUUUUUAGAUUAUUGCACAAGUUUAUUUUCCUUCCACUUGACAUUACUCACUAUUUCCUGUGUUCGUCUGUCAUAAAAUGGUAACAAAAUGCAUUGAAGUUUCUGUUGCACGACAAAAUAUGCAUAAGUUCCAAAUCAGAGUUUUACAGACAUCUAUUGAAAAGAUGCUUCAAUAGAUGUGUUGACUAGGAAAGCAAGUAAUCCAAGUUCCAAGGCGUAUUUGAAAUCUGCAGCAGCAAAUUCACAGCCUGUUUACAGAGGCUCUCAGUAACGGUACAAUAUCAUCACUGCAAAGAUCAAACAAACCUUUCUGUAAGAGAGCAAUAAAAUCACAAGACAGCAGAGGUAGAUGAUCUUUUUAUGGCAGGGAAAUGAGAAAGCACUGCAACAUUGGGUCAGGUUAAAAACAAAGUCCAGGAAGUAGACCAGACCCGUCCCUGUCAAAUCAAAAGCAAAAAGGAAACCUCUUACUUCAAAAACUGGCCAAACUAGUCUUUAGAUUAGUCAUCGCUGAAGUAAACAGUAGAGGCAGCUAAACUAAAAAGGAAAGGUUUGGAACGAAUCAAAUUCAUUCUUUGUCCAUUUGAUAUUUCAGAUGGACAAGAGCUCAUCGGGCAUGGAUUUAUAAUGAAUAUUUCAGUCAUACUUAUGGGAAGUGAGAUGAAUAAGAUCAGUUUAGUUGUAGAUUCAGUUCUACAAUGUGGAAAAGUGCUGCCUUUCAUCAAGUGGAAGAAUCAAUCCAACUCUAAACUCUAAAUUUAGACCAAUUACCAGCAUAUGCAUUAUCCAACUCCAAAAAAAAAAAAAACUAAGUGAUAAUAUGCCAAGAGGAAUACAAUUUUCAAACAUGAACGUAAUUCUUGUAGUGAGUAUUUUAAUAGGUACAACCUUUUGUGUGGUUUGCUGUUUUUCUCGAAAGCUGAAGGCAAUAGAAAAGUUUUAUUUGCAAUAAAUGACCCAAGAAUGUGUUAUUUAGAAACGAGCUCUUUAUUUGUUUCCUGGACUACCUGUGGAAGUGCGUGAGUGGUGUAACAAUUGGGUCUCGGUUUAACAAGAAGCUCAAUAAAGUGUUUGAAGCCCAGACUGCCUCAAAGUUAGCUCUUUUUCUUUUUUUUUUUCCCUCUUUCCUCCAUUUCACUUCCACGUUAUCGCCACGAACGGGGGAACAUUACAACCCUUCGCUGAGAAACGGCAGCGAGAAGCUCGUCGCCGUCUCUGAGGGACGCUCGGUGAUCCGUGCCAAUCAGAGACCACCUGGAGGUUCCAUUACAGAGCGCCGCGGGACGCCUAACCUGCCCUGGGAUGGAAAACUGUUUGCUGAUGUGGAAGAUGUGUGAGAAAAGAGACUGCUCAGAUGAUGAGCACCGUGGGAGGGUGUGUGUGUGUGUGUGUGAGAGAGGAAAACAGUACAGUGGUGGCCAAGCAUGUGAGAGAUUGUCAAGUUUUCACUUGAUGUUGGGAAAGAAAGUGAGGUGUAAUUACAAAAACAAGCUCAUCAGAAUUUUUUUUUUUUUUUUUACUUUUGCAAAUGAAGUUAUUCUUUUUGGCACAUAAACACAAAGUUUCGAUUUCACCUGCUUUGUUUUCAGGUUUCAAUAAAUGGCUUCAAUAAGUGUGAAGCCAAAGUGAAAGGGAACGGUGGCGAAUUCUGAAAAUCCCGCAAUUCAAUUUAUACAAGUUGGAUUAUUUUCAAAUUGACCUAGAGCAGAUUCCAGCACACAACAGGAAAGCUGCUGUUUUAUUUGGCAUCAAAUAUAAGAUCUACAUGCAAUGUUACACUGAUGGACGACUGCACACAGCUGUAAGGCUAUAAAGAAAUGUUGUGAGCUCUUAACAUCUCUUUAGCAGAAAUUGGAAUUGGUUGAAAACAGCGUCAACACAUCAAAGACAGGAAAUUGGGCACAAAUCUGUGACCGGUGCAUCUUUAAAAUAUAUUUCAGUAUGAAACAUAUUCCCAAAACUAAACUUUGCAAGGAUUUUGUUGCAAAUCUUACAAAUCUCACUCUCAACUUAAAUUAGUAUUUGCUAGAAAUCUGUACAGAAACUUGACAUUUAAAGUCAAAGAUGUUUUCCUGACUGUAAUUCAGGAAAAAAAAA